CAGUGGUUUGCUGCGCGAAUGACAAAACAACAAACAUGUCAAAAAACAAAGAUAUGAACGGUGGUGGUAGGAAAAAGUGCUAGCAGCAGAUCUCUCUCGGUUUGGAGUUUGCUCGAAGAUUUCGCCUCCUAGCUAGCGCAGUUAUUAUGGUGUUUUCGAGGAGGAAGAUGAAGCAGCUGUUCGCAUUCGGUGUGGUCAUUAUACUGGUGAUCUGUUUAUACAAAUCGUGGGGAAAUCCUGCUGGUGCUAUACUAAACCUGGGAAUCAGUAGUGAUAAUGAUCUAGAAAAUAGUGUCGAUCAUGUGAGAUACCUGCACCAGAACCAAGUAUCACAGAACGGAGCCGAUGAUCGCGAAGCGGAUCAGCAUAGGAGACAUCCCGGAAAGAGCGCUCGUGGCGGAGACAACACUCUAGUGGGCCAAAAUGAGCCAAAUGGGGCUCAUGAGAACCACGCGAACGAGGUGCUUCAAGCCAAGAAACAAAUCCUGGAAUUGCAGCGCAAAAUACAGGAACUGGAAGGUCGAAUACCAAGAAAAUAUCCCGAUGUCACAUUUUUGAACUACAAAAAUAGGAAACGCAUCUUGAUAACCGGAGGCGCCGGAUUCGUCGGUUCCCACCUUGUUGAUUAUCUAAUGAUGCAAGGCCACGAGGUGAUAGUGGCGGAUAACUUUUUCACAGGGCGCAAGCGCAACGUGGAACACUGGUUGGGUCACGAAAAUUUCGAACUUAUCCACCAUGAUAUCGUCAAUCCGCUGUUCAUCGAAGUGGACGAAAUUUACCACCUGGCUAGCCCAGCUAGUCCGCCGCACUACAUGUACAACCCAGUGAAAACGAUCAAAACGAACACAUUGGGAACGAUCAAUAUGCUCGGGUUGGCGAAACGUGUCAUGGCAAAGGUGCUAAUUGCGAGUACAUCGGAGGUCUAUGGCGAUCCAGAUGUGCAUCCCCAACCGGAAACCUACUGGGGACACGUUAAUCCAAUCGGGCCGAGGGCUUGCUACGAUGAGGGGAAGCGUGUAGCGGAAACACUGAGCUACGCGUACGCCAAGCAGGAGAAUGUGAACGUCCGAGUGGCACGCAUCUUCAACACGUACGGACCCCGAAUGCACAUGAACGAUGGUCGCGUCGUUUCUAAUUUCAUCAUACAAGCGCUUCAAAAUCAGUCAAUUACGAUGUAUGGCAGUGGCAAACAGACGCGAUCAUUCCAAUAUGUGUCCGACUUGGUUGACGGAAUGGUCGCGCUGAUGGCGUCCAACUAUACGCAACCGGUAAAUUUGGGCAAUCCAGUUGAGCGCACAAUCCAAGAAUUUGCCGAAAUCAUUCGAGAUUCGGUCGGGGGCAAAAGUGCAAUCAUUGAGCUGCCUGCCGUCGAGGAUGAUCCACAGCGGCGUAAACCGGACAUAUCGCGCGCGAAAAAGUAUCUCAACUGGGAACCGAGGGUUCCAUUGAAAGAAGGGCUUAUUAAAACGAUCGAAUACUUCCGCAAAGAGUUGGCGCGCUCCAAUCACUCACAGCGAAACAUAUUUGUGCCCGAAACGACUGAAAACAAAUAGCACCAUUAGCAAUGGUGUGGUGGUAGAGAAGCUUUGCAUAAGAUGCGGUUGAACAAUAGCACAAUCCGAAGUUAAUGUCCGGCCCAAUUCACCUGUUUUCUCACAGUACAAGUCCUCCGUAAUCAUAUAUUUCCAUCAAAAAAUAUUUCCAUAUAGGAUCUCUUUUGUUACGAUAUCAAACUGGCACCAAGCAUGACACCCAUACUGAAAAACUAUAACGCGAUUAAAAUUGUACACACAACUGUCCGAAUUUUUGCGAUUCUUUCGUUUUCAUGAUCUUCGAUUCCUGUGCAAAUAGUUUUUUACUUUCUAGUCUUGUUUUUUUGUAGAAAUUUUAAAACAUGUUUACACUCUGUAUGAUUCUCAUUGAAUAAAAAAGG